CAAACUCUUAAAACCUAGCGUCUUCGUCACCGGCCGGAGCAGAAGCUGCAGCCUCUCUCUCUCUCCCUCUCUCUCUCUCUCUCCAAAUUGAAGCUGCGACGGAAGUUCAGGCCGUGAAGUAUGGCGACGGCGGCGGAAGCUCAGGCCGUGAAGUCUCUAAACAAAUCUCCAGGUCGCAGGCGCUUUGUGUUCAAGACUUUCUCUCAGCGUAUUGAGGAAAUUGAUGUUGAUGUCUUCCGAAGUCUCGAUCCUCUCAAGUCCGAGCCCUCCGAAGGGUCCUCUUUUUUCCGGGACUGCCUUGUUGAGUGGAGGGAAUUAAACACUGCGGAUGAUUUUAUUUCCUUUUAUGAGGAGAUGAUGCCCUUGGUGCAAACAUUACCACAAAUAAUACUGCAGAAGGAAUUGAUAUUGUCGAAACUUAUUUCUAGAUUGCAAAUGAAAGGGAGACUAUCACUUGAGCCCAUACUCAGGUUGAUAGCAGCCUUGUCUAGAGAUCUUCUGGAGGACUUUCCCCCCUUCCUGCAGAGGGUAGCUGAUUCUCUGGUAUCUCUUCUCAAAAGUGGAGCUGAUAGAGAACCAGAGAUAAUUGAGCAGAUUUUUACAUCAUGGUCGUAUAUCAUGAUGUAUUUGCAGAAAUAUCUUGUACGGGAUGUUGUCCAUGUUCUCAGGGUUACAGGCAAACUAAGAUAUUAUCCCAAGAAUUAUGUCCAAGAAUUUAUGGCUGAGGCAGUGUCAUUCUUGUUGAGAAAUGCACCUAUUGAGCAGCUUAUAAAGGGUACUAGAAAAGUCAUGGUUGAAGUUGCAAAGAAACCACUGGUGUUUAGAAAAUCUGGAGUCAGUGCUUUACUAUGGUAUGUUUUGAGAGGAACUUCAUCAAAGUUGCAUUCAAGAGCAGAGCAAGUGUUACGAUUAUUGGUGGACAACUCGAUAAUUGGUAUUGGUGAUAAAUUUGCCCAAGGCUCAGACUCUGUGGUUGAAGUUGUAACUGCUGCCUUUCAAAGGCUAUGUGAGGAACUUGAGCCUACUGAGUUGAAUUUGAUGUGGGGUUGUUUAUACGAGGAAAUAACUGAUGCUGUAUCUAAUGGAUGCUUGUUGCACCUCAGUCGCCUGUUAUCCUUGCUGAUUUCUACUGUUCAAAUCGAUUAUGUCCGGAAAAUUUCUGAUUACCAACUUAUGCUUCAAGUAGUUGGGGUGCUUAUGCAGAAGUUUAUAUUGCCUGCGAGAAUACUGAAGACGGAAGACCAGUCUACUGAAGUUGUUGAUAAGGUUCUGCAAUUAAUGCUUUGCAUUCUUGAUGGGCUUCAUCUAGCCGAUAAUGUGCCAGUUCUUUCUAGUGUUUCUGUGCAGUGGGCUCCUGUGUUUGAUUUAAGGAAUUCAAGUUUACUGACUUUUAUCAAACAAUUGCUAUUGAAAGAUCCUCGUGUAGUCCAUGCCUUCAGACAGAAUACCAUACGUGCAUUGAAUGAUUUAAUAGAAACUUCAGAGGAAGAAGUUGUACCUUUGCUACUUACCUUCUGUGAAAGACUAGAAGUUCAAAUUCAAAGCUCCAGCUUCAUAGAUGGAACAUCCAAAGAAGAGGUUUCGAGGAUUUGCAGUUACUUGCCGGAUGCUAUUGGCUACUGGAUUGGGAUUAUCAAUCAAAUUGUGCAUGGUGAUUCAUCAGUCAUUCAACUUCAGGAGACUAAAUUGGCUUUGCUGUGGGGAAUAAUUAGCUGCUAUCCUUACAUGAAAGACAUCCAAGCAGACCCAUCCUUAUUACUUGAUUUUGUAGAUACACUUAGUCGGCUUCUGGCGAUUGAAUCUGACAAUAUUGCAGGGUUUCACAAACACACUUGGGAAAGCCUAAUUGGUGCUGCUUUGAGUUCCUAUAACAAAAUGCGUUCUGGUAACAUCAGAGAUGAAGAAGUGAGCAAAUUUUUGCAACUUGCUAGGAGAUACACGUUCUCAUCACAAAUAUUAUCUUCUGUAGCUGAUUUUUUGGAUUCCAUGGACGGGCCUAGCAAUGUUGUAUUGCAUCCAGACCUCAAAGCAGAGAAGGCUAUGGAAUCAUUGGCCAUUUUUGCUGAGAAUUUGUGCCACUCAGACAAACUGAUCCGUCAUUCCACCCUAAGAAUAUUGUGCCAUUAUGAACUUCUAAAUUGUGAGCAUGCUUCUGAGGAUCAGCAUGCUGAGAAAAAAAUGAGAACUGAAGUUUCUCAAUCUUGGUUUGCUGAUGACCGGGGCAGUAAUGUUCUUCAACUCCUUCUCUCCAUUGAGGAAACACCUCUUUCGGUUACUACCAGCAGGAAAGUUAUCCUAUCGAUUUCAAGAAUACAGAUGGGCCUCUCUUCUACAAAUAUAUCUGAAGCAUAUUUGCCCUCUGUUUUUUAUGGGAUAAUUGGCAUCUUCCAUAACCGAUUUAGCUAUCUAUGGAACCCAGCAAUGGAGUGCCUUGCAGUCUUGACAAGCAAGUAUUUUGAAAUGGUAUGGGAUAUAUUUGUUCAGUAUCUGCAACAAUGUGAAUAUAGUUUUGUGUCAUCUCAUGAUCAAUCUGACGGAAGCAAAACUGUAUCUACUAUCCAGUCCAGUGAUUUGGUUGAACGUUUCAAUCUAUUUGUCUCUCCGCCAUCUGACAGCAACCCUGGCACAACAGUUUGGUCCUUGUUGAUCCAGUCUUUACAAAAAAUUCCAACUGUCAUAGAAUCUCGAUCUCGGCAAAUUGUACCUUUGUUCUUGAUGUUUAUGGGUUACAAUAUGAAUGAUGUUGUGAGUGUAGGAUCAUUCAACCAGCAUGCUUGUAAAGGGAAAGAAUGGAAGAGUGUCCUUAAGGAGUGGUUGAACUUGUUGAAAUUGAUGCGAAAUCCCAGGUCCUUCUACAAGGGUCAAUUUCUUAAGGAAGUUCUGCAAUAUAGGCUUCUUGAUGAAAAUGAUCCUGAGAUACAGAUGAAGGUUCUUGAUUGCUUGUUGAAUUGGAAAGAUGAUUUUUUACUCCCCUAUGAUCAGCAUCUGAAAAAUCUGAUCAGUUCAAAGAGUCUGAGAGAGGAACUAACAACGUGGAGCUUGUCGAAAGAAUCUAAUCACAUUGAAGAACAUCAUAGAACUUAUCUUGUACCUUUAGUUACCCGAAUUUUGAUACCAAAAGUCCGAAAACCGAAAACACUGGCAUCUCGAAAGCAUACAAGUGUACAUCUUCGAAAGGCAGUCCUUGGAUUCCUAGCUCAACUCGACAUCAAUGAGCUUCCUCUGUUUUUUGCCCUGCUACUCAAGCCAUUGCUAAGCAUUUCAGAAAGAUUUGAUGGGAUCAGUAAAUGGUUUUUGAGUUCGUCUGAAUGGUCUAAAGACGAAUUUGACUCAUUUGGUCUUUUGAAGUACUUCACCAUGGAUAACAUAUUGGCCAUCUCUUGGAAGAAGAGAUAUGGUUUUUUGCAUGUAAUUGAAAAUAUUCUUGGUGUUUUUGAUGAAUUUCAUGUUAAACCAUACCUUGAUUUGUUAAUGGGAUGUGUUGUCCGCAUAUUGGGGAGCUGCACAUCAAUUCUUGAGAGCGGGAAGAGUACUGGAUUAGCUGCAGUGGAAACAGAUUCUAGCUUUAAACUAACUGUGCAUGAGAAAGGUGGUGGAGCAGAAAAUCAGAUCACGACUAGCAUAGCUAUGAAGCAGUUUAAGGAGCUAAGGUCUUUGUGCUUGAAGAUCAUUUCUUUGGUUCUAAAUAAAUAUGAGGACCAUGAGUUUGGUAGUGAAUUUUGGGACCUGUUCUUUGCUUCAGUGAAACCUUUGAUAGAUGGCUUCAAGCAAGAAGGUGCUAGUAGUGAGAAGCCAAGUUCAUUAUUUUCUUGCUUUCUUGCUAUGAGCAGAAGCUACAAGCUUGUAUCAUUGUUCUGUAGAGAAAAGAAUCUUGUCCCCGACAUUUUUUCAAUCCUUAGUGUCACAACAGCUUCCGAAGCCAUUCUAUCUAGUGUUUUGAAGUUUGUUGAGAACCUAUUGAAUCUUGACAGUGAACUCGACCAUGAAGACAAUGCUAUCGAGACAGUACUGCUUUCAAACCUUGAUGCACUAAUCUGCAGUUUGCAUGGUCUUUUUAAGUUCAAUAGUGCUGCAAGGAGGAAAUUGGUGAAAAGCCCUGGGGAAAGAGAGCUCAAUAUUUUCAAGUUAUUAUCAAAGUAUAUAAAGGAUCCUUCAUCAGCAAGUAAAUUUGUUGAUAUCAUGCUCCCUAUGCUAAUGAAGGGGGCUCAAAAUUCUGAUGCAUGUGUGGAAGCUUUGCAGGCCAUUCGACAUAUAAUACCAGUUUUAGGGACUGAAAGUACAACAGAAAUUCUGAAUGCAGUUUCUCCACUGCUUAUUUCUGUUGGUCUGGAUGUACGGAUGUCUAUAUGUGAUCUUCUUGAUGCUCUUGCUGGAAGUGAUUCUUCCGUAAUUGCUGUGGCAACACUUCUUCGUGAACUGAAUGCAACCUCUGCUAUGGAAAUGGGUGGUCUUGACUAUGACAGUAUCAUUAGUGCUUAUGACAAGAUCAAUGAAGACUUCUUUUACACAGUUAGAGAGAAGCAUGCAUUAGUCAUUUUGUCUCAUGCUGUGCAUGACAUGUCAUCCGGAGAACUAAUUUUGAGGCAAAGUGGAUAUAGAUUAUUGCUUUCAUUUGUUGAAUUUUCUGCUGGAAUUGUUGAUCGAGAAUUGAAGUCUGAUGACCAGUUUUGGUCUGAAGCGUGCAUUCAACGGAUAAUUAACAAGUUCCUUUUCAAACAUAUGGGAGAUGCAAUGAACAAAGAAACUCCUAUUCAAAAGGUGUGGCUUGAUUUACUACGAGAAAUGGUGUUGAAGCUUCCAAAGGUCUCAAGCCUUGAAUCAUUUAGGCUUCUGUGCAGUGAAGAUGCAGAACAAGAUUUCUUUAACAAUAUUAUACAUUUACAGAAACACAGGAGAGGAAGGGCUUUGUUACGCUUUAGCAACUUUGUUAGUUCAGGGAAUUUGUCAGAGGUUAUCACAAAUAAAGUGUUCGUGCCUCUCUUUUUCAACAUGUUAUUUAAUGUUCAACAUGGAAAGGCAGAAAAUAUAAGGAGUGGAUGUUUGGAGGCUCUUGCAUCUAUUUCUGGUAACAUGGAAUGGAAGUCGUACUAUGCAUUUCUCAUGAGAUGCUUCCGAGAGAUGACCCUGAAAUCAGACAAGCAGAAGGUCUUAAUGCGGCUUGUCUGCGCAGUUCUGGACCACUUUCAUUUUAUGGAAACUCAUUCUUGUCAAGAAUCCAAUGAUUCUGUUGUCGAUGUAUCAAAAGCUGGCACCACUGCAUUGACUUCAUCUGUGUUGCACACAUAUACGAGUUCUGCUGAGGUUUCUGAGAUACAAUCAUGUCUCCAUAAAACAGUGCUUCCUAAGAUACAGAAAUUGUUGACGUCUGAUUCUGAUAAUGUCAAUGUCAAUAUCAGUCUUGUUGCACUGAAACUGCUAAAGUUGCUUCCUGAUGAUGUCAUGGAAUUACAUCUUCCAAGUAUUGUCCAUCGCAUUUCAAACUUCCUCAAAAAUCGUUUGGAAAGUAUACGUGAUGAAGCUAGGACUGCUUUGACUGCCUGUUUGAAGGAGCUGGGGUUGGAGUACCUGCAGUUCAUUGUCAAAGUCUUGAGAGCCACCUUAAAACGAGGAUAUGAGUUGCAUGUAUUGGGAUAUACUCUUAAUUUUAGUGGGAAGUUGGAUUAUUGUUUGGAAGAACUUCUUUCUGUGGUGGAGAAUGAUAUUUUUGGAGAUGUUUCUGAGGAAAAGGAAGUGGAAAAGAUUGCUUCAAAAAUGAAAGAGACUAGAAAGCGCAAGUCUUUCGAAACCCUGAAAUUAAUUGCCCAAAACAUCACAUUCAAAACGCAUGCCUUGAAGUUGCUUUCACCUGUUACAACUUGUCUGCAGAAGCAUUUAACCCCAAAAAUGAAAUCGAAAUUGGAAACUAUGUUAAACAACAUAGCUGCUGGUAUUGAGUGCAAUCCAUCAGUUAAUCAGACAGACCUCUUUAUCUUUUUAUAUGGCCUCAUAGAAGAUGGCAUUACCCAUGAAACUCGUGCAAAGGCCAAUCAGCAAUCUGGAGAUGAGGCAAGCUGCAAAACUAUUACAUCAGGCAGGUUAAUUGACUCUGGCUCACAAUCUUCACAUCUUAUUACAGUGUUUGCUCUUGGGGUGCUGCACAAUUCCAUGAAGAAUACUAAACUUAACAAAAAGGACGAACAACUGUUAUCAAUGUUGGAUCCUUUUGUAAGAUUGCUCACUGACUGCUUGACUGCCAAAUACGAAGAUAUCAUUUCUGCAGCGCUCAGGUGCCUUGCUCCACUGGUGAGGCUGCCUCUACCAUCUCUUGAAUCACAAGCUGACAAGAUAAAGACCUCUCUGUUGGUUAUAGCUCAAGGCUCUGUAAAUGCUGGCAGCCCUGUGAUGCAAUCAUGUCUAAGUUUGCUAACAGUGCUUCUGCGGAGCACUAGGAUUACGCUUUCCACAGAUCAAUUGCAUAUGGUGAUCCAGUUUCCUUUAUUUAUUGAUCUCGAAAGAAAUCCCUCGUUUGUUGCUCUUUCACUUUUAAAGGCUAUAGUGAACCGCAAACUUGUAGUCCAUGAGAUAUACGAUCUUGUGACUCGGGUUGCAGAACUUCUGGUAACAAGUCAAGUGGAGCCAAUUCGCAAAAAAUGCAGUCAAAUUCUAUUGCAAUUCUUACUUGACUAUCAUCUUUCAGAGAAACGUUUGCAGCAGCAUCUUGAUUUCUUGCUUUCAAAUCUGAGGUAUGAACAUUCGACGGGAAGAGAAGCUGUGCUUGAAAUGCUCCAUGCAAUUGUAAUCAAGUUCCCAAAAGCCAUUAUAGAUGAGCAUUCCCAGACCAUAUUUGUUCAUUUGGUGGUUUGUUUGGCUAAUGAUUAUGACAACAAAGUCCGCUCCAUGACUGGCGCUGCUGUAAAGCUUCUGAUUGGGCAUGUGAGCCCGCAUUCACUUCAUUCCAUUCUCGAGUAUAGUCUCUCUUGGUACUUAGGUGGAAAGCAGCAUUUAUGGAGUGCUGCAGCCCAGGUCUUGGGAUUAUUGGUUGAAGUAAUGAGGAAAGGCUUUCAAAAACAUGUCAAUGGUGUGUUGCCAGUGAUGAGAAGCAUUUUCCAGUCUGCUAUCAAUGUUCUUACAAAUGGACAGCUAGAUCUUUCUGUUGAAGCUACAGUUCCCUUUUGGAAAGAGGCAUAUUACUCACUAGUCUUGUUGGAGAAGAUACUGCAUCAGUUCCAUGAUUUGUUCUUAGCAAAGGAUCUUGAGGAUAUAUGGGAAAUGAUUUCAGAGCUUCUGUUGCACCCGCAUAUGUGGUUACGUGAUGUAUCGAACCGCCUGGUGGCCCUAUACUUUGCCUCAGUAACUGAGGCCAACAGAGAAAACCAUGAAAAGUCACUAGAAACAGUUUUUCUAAUGAGACCAAGUAGACUUAUUCUCAUAGCUGCAUCUCUCUGCUGCCAAUUGAAGGCCCCACUAAUUGACAACACUGCCAGCACCAUAGUUACACAAAACCUCAGCUUCACAAUUUGUGGAAUACAUUCUUUGUUAGUACCAAAGAAAUGGAUUGAUGGCCAAAGUUUUGGGUAUACCCUUGAACACGAUGAGGAAGGUUGUUUCCUCAAAGCUUUUCAAAAGCUUGACUCACGAAAAGGAAGAAGUAUGUUUGCAUCCCUCACAUCUGGUGAUAAUAAUCAAAAUGAUCAAGAAAAUAGUGGUCAUCAUCAAUCUUUGCUCGUCUCUUACCUGCUGAAGAGAAUGGGAAAGAUUGCCCUUCAGAUGGAGGCUGUUCAGAUGAAAAUCGUUUUCAAUGUUUUCAAGUCAAUCACACCAAAAAUCAUCGACCCGGAAAAGCUUUCAUCACAAACCGAUUACUUCCAGGGUUAUGCGUAUCAAAUGCUGUUACCAUUGUACAAAGUUUGUGAAGGAUAUGCUGGCAAAGUUAUUCCAGAUGAUGCGAAGCAAUUAGCGCAAGAGGCUCUUCAAAGUAUUAGAGAUACAUUAGGGAUGAAUAAUUUCAUACAACUUUAUAGCCAGAUCAGGAAAAAUCUCAAGGCAAAGAGGGAAAAAAGGAAACAGGGAGAAAAGCUGAUGGCUGUGGUCAAUCCAAUGCGAAAUGCCAAAAGGAAGCUGAGAGUUGCAGCUAAGAAUCGAGCCAACAAGAAACGAAAAAUAGGGACAAUGAAGAUGACGAAAUGGAUGCGUUGAAAGAGCUAUAAGGUUGCCUUUCUUUGGCAGUGUAGUUGACUAAAGGCCCUUUGUUUUGGUCAUGCAAUCGCUUUCCCGUUUGGGGUUUUGCCUUCAUCGGUUGAUUUGAUUUUCUUUCUCCAUCCAGAACUCAGCUGCCAGAACCCGACGCAAGGAUGUCUGGAAACACAGUUGAGAAGACACGGUAAAUGUGAUAUGGGUAGUGAAUUUGAUGACUAGCAGAGUUCUAACCAAAUGGUGUAUAUCAUAAACUUCAAUUUUGAUAUCUAGUUUUGGAAUGAGGCAAAUGCAAGAUGGUAUAUGUUGAGUGACUGAUGAAGAGAGCUGUUGGGUGUCAUGUCAUCUAUUGUUUGUAGUUCAUAUAUUUAUGUUUAUAUAUUGAAUGGAAAGUCAUGUUCAAUUGAAUGUUUGAAUGUUCAAAUUAGUAAUGGAAGCUCUAUUAUAGUCAAAGCAAUAAACAGCUGUAAUUUUAUUUUGCUUUGACAAAGGUCGAGUUCUGUAACAUAACCCAUUAUGAAGUCGUUGUUUUGGGCUUCAUUUGUUUCGAUGUAAAAUAUUUUACACAAAAAAA